ACAAGCCCCCGGGGUGAUGGGUUAGACAGCCCUAAGGGGUGUGUGAAGGGGCCGGGUGAACUGCACCAUCUGUCGGGCCGACUGGCAGCCAUGUCCAUGUCCUUCUUCACCUUCCCCGUCCCGCGUUUCCUUUUCCGCGGCUCUGGCGACGCCCGGGACGACAAGGCCCACCAGCAGAGCCGCCAGAAGGAGGCCAAGUCCAACAAGUCCUACGACAGCAGCGACCAACAGCAACAGCAGCAGCAGCAACAACAACAACAACAGCAGACGCAGCAGCAGCAGCAGCAGCAACAACACCUCACAGGGUCACUGCCCAAGCUCAGUAGCCAAGAUGAUGACGGUCCUAACACGCAGAGUAACUACACUGGGACAGGAAACUUCGAACCCAUUCCUCACGACCACGACUUCUGCGAGAGGGUUGUUAUAAAUAUAAGUGGUCUCCGGUUCGAGACUCAACUACGGACGCUGAACCAGUUCCCGGACACGCUACUGGGAGACCCUGCUCGACGCAUCCGGUACUUCGACCCGCUGAGAAAUGAGUACUUCUUCGACCGCAACCGGCCGAGCUUCGACGCCAUCCUGUACUACUACCAGAGCGGAGGUCGACUCAGAAGACCUGUCAAUGUUCCUCUCGAUGUUUUCGCGGAAGAAAUCAAGUUCUACGAACUGGGUGAAGUGGCCAUCAAUAAAUUCAGGGAAGAUGAAGGUUUCAUCAAGGAGGAGGAGCGACCACUGCCAGAAAACGAGUUCCAGAGAAAGGUGUGGUUGCUCUUCGAGUACCCGGAGAGUUCGCAGAACGCGCGAGUGGUGGCCAUCAUCUCAGUCUUCGUUAUCCUCCUUUCCAUUGUGAUCUUUUGCCUUGAGACAUUACCGGAGUUUAAGCACUACAAAGUGUUCAAUACCACGACCAACGGCACUGUGGUCGAGGAGGAUGAAGUGCCGGAAGUCACGGAUCCCUUCUUCCUUAUAGAGACCAUAUGUAUCGUUUGGUUCUCCACUGAACUAUUAGUGAGAUUUUUUGCGUCGCCACUCAAAGGAGCGUUUUUGAAAGACGUCAUGAACAUUAUCGAUAUUGUAGCUAUCAUUCCUUACUUUAUAACCUUGGCGACUGUGGUAGCGGAAGAGGAAGGAGAAGUGAUGGUCAUCCCGGCUGAAACACUCUCCCCGCACGAGAAGGGGUCAAACCAGGCCAUGUCCUUAGCAAUCCUACGAGUUAUUCGACUGGUCAGAGUAUUCAGAAUAUUCAAAUUGUCUCGACACUCCAAAGGGCUGCAGAUCUUAGGAAGAACGCUCAAGGCAUCCAUGAGAGAACUCGGUCUGCUAAUAUUCUUCCUUUUCAUCGGUGUGGUACUCUUCUCAAGUGCUGUGUACUUCGCCGAGGCAGGCUCAGAAAAAUCCUACUUCAAGUCUAUUCCUGAUGCCUUCUGGUGGGCGGUCGUCACCAUGACAACAGUGGGCUAUGGAGAUAUGACGUACGGGUCACAUGAGCCUCCUGUGGCUAUCCUGCAUGUCAUUAACCCGGCGAGCCUUACCAGCUCUCAGCGGCACACACACACACACACACACACACACACACACACACACACACACACACCACAAACAUAUAUAUAGAUAACACACACAAACAUACAUAUAGAUACAGGCACAAACAUACACAUAUAUACACGUACAUACAUACACACAUACAAACGUACAUACACAUAUACACA